AGACUGCCCCUGAAGUAAUUAUCACACAAGAAAUACCUGUAGAAAUGGCUGUAGAAAGACCAACAGAAGAAACCAUAGAAGAGGUGCAAGAAGUGAUUACUUGGCAGAAAGAGACUUUCAUUGUGGAAGAAACUGGAGACUGAUAUGAAGAAAGAAACUGCAGAAGAGGUUGAAACUGACUUGAAAGCUGAAGAAACAACUGAAGAGUUAAUUAUUACAACAACUGAAACUAGUCUCACAGAAUCUAAGAGAGAAUUUGAGGUGGAUAUGACACAUGAAGGUGUGGAAGAAAUUAGCCUUGAGGAUUUGGCACCUGAAUUAGAAGCUCACAGACCUAAUUCUGAGCAAGUGGAAGAAAUUAAGGAGACAAUCAUAAUAGAAACUGAGAAAGAAUUCAGAGCAGAUCAUAUAAUUGAGAAGGUUGAGGAAGUGGGUACUGAAAUCUUUGCAGAGGUUUUGACUGAAACACCAGAAGAAGCUGAUGUGCAGACAUUCCGGGAAACAAUCUUGGUAGAUAAAGAGCAACCAUUUGAAACUGAAGAAGCAGAAACAGUUUCUGAAGAAAGUUCCAUAGAAAUACUUAUUGAAAGACCAGAACAUUUAAUUCCCCAAGAGAAGGAGGUUGAAACCACUUUAGAAACUGUCACUGAAAGAAAACUGGUGUAUGAAGUUGAAGAAACAGAAGAGGUUGUAGAAGAAACUCAGACAGAAAAAUUUAUGUCUGAAGCUGAAAUAUUACCAGAAGAGCAUGUUAUUGACAUUUCAAAAUUGGAAAUUGAAAUUGACAUUGGCAAGCCUUCAGAGGUGGUCCAGGAAGAAGUCACUAUGGAAGAGCAAAGAACUGUUGAUCUAUCUUUUGAGUUUGAUAUGAAGAAACCAACUGAAGAAACCAUAGAAGAAGUAAGAGAAGCUAUAGUAUUUCAACCAUCAAAACCUUCAGAAGCUGAAGAGACUGAAGAGUUUAUAGAAACAUUAGAUACUGAAGUCAUCAGCGAAGCUGUAGAAGUUACUAAACCAUCAGAAGAAACAUUUGGAACAACAAUGGAACAAGAAAUUGAACUUGAAGCUGCUCAACCAGCUCAAGAGUUCACAGAGGAAGUUAGAGAAACUGUGACCGUCGAAGGCAAGAAGCCAACAGAGGUUGAAACUGGCACUACAGAAGAAGAGAUCUCUUUUGAACUACAGGUUGGCAUUGAAGCAGCUCAACCAGAAGAAAGGGUGGUUGAGACUGUUCAAGAAAUACCAUUCAUUGAAGAGGGAGUGCUGUCAGAGGCUAAAAUUGAGGCAGGAGAGGCUGAAGAAACUCUUUUAUCUGAGUCUGAAGUGAGCAAACCGAGUGAAGAAGUAAUAGAGGAAGUAAGGGAAAUUGUUACUGUGGAGAAGGAAGUGCCAUCAGUCAUAGAGAUGGUUCAUGAAGGUGAAGCAGAAGCUCCUGAAGAAUUUCAAGCAGAAUUUGAAGUUGAAUACCUGAAAGAAGAACUAACUGAAUUAGUAAAGGAUGUGCCUGUAGUAGAUGAAGAGAAAACAUCAGGCAUUGACUUGUUAGAUGAAGCUUUUGAAGAGGAUUUUGUAGAAAUGCCAGAAUAUGAAGCAGGACAGCCUGAUAUGGAAGUCAUUCAGAAGUCAGAAGAAUUUAUAACUAUUGAGGAGGAAACUUUUGAGGUGGAAGUGAUUGAAGAAGAAACACAUCCCCAGAUCACAGAAGGAAUCAUCCCUACUGAUACUGAACAGGUAUCAGAGCAGCCAUCAGAAGAGGAAGUUGAUUUUGUGAUUGUCCAGAAAGAAGAACUGACAGAAACUGAGGUAGAAAUUAUUCCAGAGGAUCUGAAGCCAACCGACAUUUCUGAGGAGUUGCAGCAACAGGAAUUGACUGCUGAAGUCAUCGAAGAGACAAGAGAUGAAAUCACCAUUAGUGAUAAUAUUAUUACAGAGACAGUGGUUGAAGAAGCCACACUUGAAACUACAGAAGAAGAUUUACCAACAAAAGUUGAUUUGCUUGGGCCAGAGGAAAUAGUGUCUGAAAAGGUCUCAGAGACUGUUGUUGUUGAUGACAGGAAGCCAUCUGAAGUUGAGUUUGUUGAAACUGAAACAGAAUCACUCGAAUAUAUUCCUGUUGAUGUAACAGCAACACCCCUUGAAAUCCAAACAGAAGACGUCACCAAACAUGCUGAAUUUGUAGAAGUUGAAGUGAAAGAGGAGGAACUAAAGAAACCAGAGUUUCUCACAGCCUUAAAGGACAUUACUGUGACAGAAGGAGACCAUGUUACUUUGGAGGUUUCAUUUAUUGCCUUCCCAGCUCCAUCUGUCACAUGGUUACUAGAUGAUGAGCCAAUUGAAUCAUCUGAGGACUUUCAGGUGACAGUUGAUCAAAACUUCAGUAAGCUGGUCAUUCCUGAGAUUUUAACAGAUGACGAAGGAACUUUAAAGGUGCUGUUAGAAAACAAAGCUGGCAGCUGUGAAUCAUCAGCUUUUAUCCAGGUCAAAGUGCCAGACACUCAGAAAGAAGUGGAGACAGUUUCCCAAGAUAUUGAAGUCAGUGAGAUGCUGAUAACCGAGCAAGAGAUCGUGGAGGAGACUACAAAAGUAGAAGUUGAAAUUAAACUCAAGCCGACUGAAGGUCCAGAAGAAGAAGUUUCGGUGGAGGUGCAGCCAGAAGAGGUUGAAACUCCUGCUGCCCCUGCUGAGGAUACUGGAGCGCCAGAAGCUCCCCGUUUCACUCAGACCCUCCAGCGGCAGCUAGAUGUAUAUGAGGGCACAUCAGUCACACUGGUCUGUGUUGUUAUUGGCCACCCAAGACCAACAGUCACCUGGUACCAGGAGGAAAUCGAGCUGGUCCCAGGUGAUCGUUUUGUGACUGAGUACCAUGAAGAUGGACGGUGUGUUUUAACCAUCAAAGACAUUACCUUUGAUGACGAAGCUGAAUACACUUGCCAAGCUAAAAACGAGGCCGGUGUGUCAACUACAUUCGUCGAUAUUUUCGUUGAAAAAUUUCUGAAUGCAGAAGAAAAAGUCAUUCGAGAGGAGUUCUAUGAGGUUGAGGUUGAAAUUGAAAUUCAUUGGUGCAAGAAAGACUCACAAGGAGGACUGGAAUCAUCAUCAAAGGCUUAUGAUGAUCUGGGUCACAAAGAUGCAAACAAUAUGCCCUAAAUGUGUAAAAUAUAUACUGUUGACAACAUUCAUUCAGAUCCAACAUUAUUUUUGCGUGAUCAGAACGUAGGUUUUGUACGCUUUGCAAUUUUCGCACUUUAAUUACAUUUUAAAAUUGUGGAAGCUAAAGAUAUAGGGUAUUUUAUUAUUCAAGUUCCAAGCAAAAGGAAUAAGGCUGUGAUUAUCACCAUCUUUACAAACCAGAGAUUUUGAUGUUUCUCAUUUCAUGGGAAAUCAAUGUUAUAGCCUUUCACUGUACUGUGGAGAAGAAUUAGUAUGCUGUUGUUUGGGUUGUGAUUUGUUUAUUGCUUGAUUGCAAGAUAAAGCAGCUUUAUCAGUUUAUUUUUAUUUUAUCCACGGGUAAAUAUGUAACAUAUAUUAGUCAGAAAUGGGUUAAAAGUGGUAACUAUUUCAUUUUAAUUUUAAUAUAUUUGAGGUUUUUUUUUUAUGCAUGAGCAUAACUCUAUGCUUGGUAUUUAUUGAGAUAUUGUUACAUAUCUCCAAAUAAUGAUUUUUUCCAGUGUGGUGAGGAUUUUUAAUAUAGCAUCAAAAGCGUGUUUGUGCCGCUGCUCUGCCUAUUAAACAUUUUGUCUUGGGUUCACUCCUCUUUGUGAUUCUGCUGUGUUCAGCAGUAAUUUUGCAUAUGGGCUUAUUUGCUACUUCUCUUCCUAAAACUUUUGGUUACAUUUGAAAAACACGUGUUUUUUAAUCUUAUACCCUUUAUGUUAUGUACCCCCCUUUUUUUGGUUGGUGAUUAUUUGAGUGACCUCUGCUUUUAUCCCUGCAUUAUGAAAUGAAUGCCACCCUACACUUUUGCAGUUUUCUCAGCAGCUUUCCAAACCAUCUACUAUAUUACAUUACUUUAAAAAGUGCAAUGUAGUCAGUGGUUUAUCGUUUAAAAUUUACUGGGAUUUUUUGUUGAUUGAUUUUCUUCUUCGCAGCCAAUAAAAAAAUAGGAGCAAAGAAGAGAGUUGAACAAAGAGUAAAACAGUAACUGAAUAAGGUCUGAAUAAUGGUACCCUUGUUUCACUUGUAGAACCACAGACUGUUGAGGAGAUUGAACCCAAGACUGUAGAGAUUGAGGUGCAGGCUGAAGAGGUGCCAGUCUCUGCCGUGACUAUGGAGAAAGCAUCAGUGGAGCAGGAAGCGGCAGUGGCAUUAGGUUGGCAGAAUCCCCCC